AGGGGGGGCGAUGUUCUCAACAACAUACAUUUACGGGAAAAGAACGAGUUUGAGACUCGCUUUUGUCCGAGUCCCAACCGCCUUCUUCCCCCUUUUCCUUUCCUUUUCUUCAUUUCCUUCUUCCUCCUUCCGCAACAAUCCAGGCAGGAGGAACUGACGAUUCAAGAUUCUCCAGGUAUUUCUAGGUAUCUCUAUCUGUUCAUAUACAAUCGCGCCACACAAAGAUACGAUCUUUUCCCGGAUCCAUUAAACUCCCACCCAGAUCCGUUCAUUCGACGGAUCUUCUCUCCUCUUCACAUAUGGCAAGAGCUCUUCCGCUCUUCGUUUUCCUUCUAUUUCUUUGGUUUACUUUUGGCUACUCCGAUCCAGGCUACAAUUGCUCCAAAACUAACACUUCAUUUAUUGGUUACAAAUCCGAGUUUGUAAUGGUUCAGCAUCAGCUUCGAGGUUUUUUCGAGUUGAUUGAUGAUUGUUCUUUUAAGGUUACCCAAUUCGAUAUGCUUCAAGGGGCUGACGCCUACUGGUGGGGUGCUGGUGGGGAUGAUUUUGGGAAUUUAACUAGUGGGUUUGUUAUAUCUGAUAUGAAGUUGAAUACAACUUACAAAAAUGAGACCUUUGUUGUCAAGUUAAUGGAAAAUAUUACCUGGGAUAAUGUUAAAGUUGUUGGUGUUUGGGAUAUACCCUUUGCGUCUGAUUUUGGUCAUGUUGUUUUAGACAGCAGUUUAAGAAAUGGUUCAAACGAUUCUGUCCCUUCAGCUCCGGCCAGUGGUAAUUUGAGCAAUUGGGGUUUUGAGCAGCCAACUAUGUUUGAUAAUUGUAAAGUGUUGACAGACAAUUUUAGGGUUAGAUGGACAUUACAUGCGUCUGAUAACCUGAUUGACAUUGGGUUGGAAGCAGCCAUUGGAGUUCAGAAUUAUUUGGCCUUUGGCUGGUCUGAUCCUAGUUUGUCUUCGGACCUUACCCCUAAUGCUGAUAUCACAGUCACCGGAUUCUCAGAAGAGGGCAUGCCUUUUGCCGAUGAUUUUUUUGUAACAAAAUAUGUUGAGUGUACAAAAGAUGAGGAUGGCAAUGUUCAGGGAGUUUGUCCCGACAUGGUCUAUGCAGGGUCUGAUCCCGAUUCUGUUGAUCAGGUGAACAACACAGUAUUGGUUUAUGGUCAUAGGAAAGAUGGUGUCUCGUUUGUUAGGUUUCAGAAGCCAUUAACGUCGGUUGACAAGAAAUACGACGUCCCACUGAAUCAGACCGACAACAUCACAACAGUUUGGGUUAUCGGAUUAAUCAAACCCCCAGAUAGCAUUCACCCUUAUUACCUCCCACAGAGUCAAGACGCCGUUUCUGGCCACCAGUUACUUAAUUUCUCCCAGAACGUGAACGACUGCUUAGGACCCUUGGAUGCAUUAGACAAAGAGGAUCAGGAGAUAGUCAUUGCCGAUGGGAAGUCUCCUAUCGUCGUCACUACUGGCCCUGCACUUCAUUACCCAAACCCUCCCAAUCCAUCUAAAGUCUUUUACAUCAACAAGAAAGAAGCUCCUAUACUGAGAGUGGAGAGAGGUGUCCCUGUUACGUUUUCGAUACAAGCAGGCCAUGACGUUCCUCUAUAUAUCACUUCCGACCCACUCGGUGGAAACGCGACCCUGAGAAACAUGUCGGAGAUUAUAUACGCAGGCGGAUACGAAGCUCAAGGCGUCCAAGCAAGUCCGAUGGAGUUAGAAUGGGCGCCCGAUAGAAAUACGCCUGAUCAAGUUUACUACCAUUCGGUCUACACUCAGAAAAUGGGCUGGAAAGUUCAAGUGGUGGACGGGGGAUUGUCAGAUAUGUAUAACAGCAGUGUCAUUUUAGACGACCAACAAGUUACGUUGUUUUGGACGUUAUCGGAGAAUUCAAUAUCGUUCGCAGCUCGAGCCGAGAGGAAAAGCGGUUAUCUCGCGAUCGGUUUUGGUACGGGAAUGGUGAACAGCUUCGCGUACGUUGGUUGGAUCGACGGAGAAGGAAAGGCCGGCGUCAGUACAUAUUGGAUCGACGGUAAGGACGCUUCCAUGAUUCAUCCGACGUAUGAGAAUUUGACUUAUGUGAGGUGUAAAUCGGAGAGCGGGAUAAUUACAUUGGAGUUUACUCGGCCUUUGGAUCCUUCGUGUAAGAGGAACGAAAAGCCGGAAUGUAAGAACAUAAUCGAACCGACGACCCCGGUUAAGGUCGUUUGGGCGAUGGGUACUCAGUGGUCGGAAGAGAAUUUGAGCGAGAGGAAUAUGCAUUCGGCGACUAGCAGUCGACCGGUGAGAGUUCAUCUCAUGCGUGGCUCAGCGGAGGCAGAAGAGGAUCUUCGGCCGGUUCUAGCUGUUCAUGGCUUCAUGAUGUUUCUAGCUUGGGGGAUUCUUCUUCCGGCUGGAAUACUAUCGGCUAGAUAUCUAAAACAUCUUAAAGGGGACGGUUGGUUUCAGCUUCAUGUUUACUUGCAGUACUCUGGAUUGGCUAUUAUUCUGCUCGGCUUUCUUUUUGCUGUUGCUGAGCUUCAAGGUCUUCAUUUCGAGUCCUUUCAUGUUAAAUUUGGAAUGUUUGCUAUUAUGCUAGCUUGCAUACAGCCUUUGAAUGCGUACAUACGGCCCAAGAAGCCUGAAGGCGAGCAGGUUUCUUCAGAAAGGGUGUUAUGGGAGUACGUACAUCUCUAUGUUGGAAGAUCUUCAAUUUUUGCUGGUGCAGUUGCUCUUAUUAGCGGUUUGAAACAACUUGGACGGAGAUAUAAUGAUGAAGAUGUCCAUGGGCUGACUUUGGCUUUAAUUGGUUGGAUAUCGAUGGGCUGUUUGAUCGUAGUGUAUCUGGAAUACCGAGAGAGGAGGAGGUCGAGGGAAAGAAUUGUGGCUAGAAACAAUUGGGUAUUUGGAAACGUCGACGAGGAUGUUGAUCUUUUACAUCCUGGUCGAACUUUUUCUGAGAAAGAGACAGAUUCAUCCCAGCGAAUGGAGAUUCAACUAGAACCGUUAAGCAGAUAAAUAUAUAUUUUUUUUCUUUUUUCUUUUCAAUCUUUACUACAAAGUUGAUAUAUUUUCUUUUUAUAGAGCAUAACAUUCCCAGUCAAUUCAUUCAAAUAUUAAUUGGGUAAUUGUGGCUUAGGUGUACUGUGUUGUUCAAUAUAGUUUUUCCACUUGAUAAA